AUGGCUUCGCUCAUACUUUUAAUUUCAGACCUUCUUUGGAUCCAUGAGAGGGAUGCUACAGCUCUACUAGCAGCGUAUCCUCCAUCUUCUCUUUCUUCUUCUUCAUCGGCUGCUGCUGUUGCUCACAGAAAAAGUUUGAAAGAUGAGGAAACUGUGAUUGAUAAUACUCCUUUGGAAUUUGAAUCCAGGGACCAGUGGAGAACACGUUCUUCACCUGAGGACAUGUUACCAACUGAAUGCGCUGAUCUCGCUCUAGCGGAGGGACCGCUCUGCCCUCCGUAUCGGGCAAGUUUGUUCAUCACUCGUGAAUUACGGAGCAGUUGA